AUGGCUAGCGCAGCAGCGACAGGUUCCUCAACCAAGGAGACUACGAACUACGCUCGCUUGUGUCGUCUGCUGGUUGAUAUUGGUACCCAGGCCCUCAGGGACACAUUUGAUACCAUCCAUCCACCAGCAAAUCUUCACACAAUUUUGACGGCCAAUAAAACCACCUUACAGUCUUUAAGAACAAGAAAGGUUAUAAACGCGACGCAAUGGGGAAUGCUUUUUCCAGCCAUCCCUACUUCAGUUUCAUCGGCCCAUUUUGACAUCACACUUUUAAUGGUUCUGCUGCGAAACAUAUGCGGCUUACCUUCUCCCGCUGCGGGCUGGGAUACACUUUCUGCUGCAACAGAUGUGAGUCGUGAAGCUGAUAUCACUCGUGUUAAAUAUUACAGAAACUUUGUGUACGGUCAUGCCGAGUGUGCUUCAGUUGACGACUCAAUGUUCAACAUAUAUUGGGGUGACAUACGGGACACUCUGGUGAGGCUUGGAGGGGAAAAGUACAGAGCAUAUAUUGACAAACUUGAAACUGAGUGCAUGGACCCUGAAGUUGAAGAACACUGUAAAGAACUUCUCAGCCAGUGGAAGAAGGAUGAAGAAAACGUCAAAGAUAAACUAGAUGAAGUCAUCAAAAAGCUGGAUGAUUUGAAAACAUCAAGUUUGCCUCGAAAGAAGGAAUCUGCAAUCGAAGGUGAGUCCACUGUGCUGGAGGGGCUGUUGGAGAACUCUGCGAUGUGUAGAGAAAAAGGCCAUGAGACUGAACCUCUGGAUCGCUAUUGUAACAACUGUAAAGUUUCCAUUUGCGACAGGUGUGGAGAGACUCGUCACACUCAUCACACCAAAGUUAACAUCCAACAGGCUACUGAGGAAGAGAAACUGAUGUUGGAAGAGACUGUAGAACAAGUGAAAAUGCAAAUUGUUGACCUUGAGAUGCAAAUGAAAACAACGACAGAACUUUUGACAGUAAGUAAGGAAAAAAUCGCCAAAGCUCGUAAGAAUGUUUGGACGACUAUUGAAGAACUCAUUCGUGUAUUAAAGGAGCAUGAAAGGACCAUGUUGACCAAGUUAGACGUUAUUGAAAAAGCACAACAGAGAGAUCAUUCAACUCAAUUAGAACACUUGCAGGCAUCUGUGAACGAGUUGAAAAGUUAUGUGAAGAAUUGCGAGGAAGUCCUCCGGAAAAACGUCAGCGUCGAAAUUCUACAGGCACAUCAGGCUGAAAUUGAAAAGUGUAAAGGUGUUGUAAAAGUAGCGAAAAAGGAGAUUUAUAAGCCAUGCCACCUUCGCUAUCAGACAGAUGAGGAGUACCAUAAGAGGUUGACAGGCUCUGCUCCUGGUAAAGUCCUUGUUAGUAAAACCGAUCCCUUAAGAUCAUUUUUAGAUUGGUAUGACUCGAGAAUAACUGAGGCCGGAAAAUCGAAGAGGUUUGACAUCAUAACAAUGGAUUCAGAUGGGGAAAAGUGCUUCCAGGAAAUCGAUGAGAUCAAAGUAACAGUUCAUAGUCCAACGGGAAUGGAACUCGACCUCAAGUCAGAUCUCCGGUCAUGUUGGAAUUAUGGUUUCAUACCACUCUGUGACGGAGAACAUGAGAUCACAGUUUCAGUCAACGAUCAACCGCUUCCUGAUACUCCCUGGAGGCUUCAUGUGGUUCCAUACCGGUAUCAGUUCUCCGAAAAAUUCCAGCCACGUAGAAAAGCUUCGCAAUUCAAAGAACCCUGUGCUGUUGCAAUAGACACUAAGACAGGGAAUUGGGUAGUAGUUGAUCGAAAGAAAAAAAGGGCGCAAAUUUUUGAGUCUUUUGAGCACGAUCCUAAAGAACUUGGUCAGUGUGAAGCAGUGCUGACAGAGCCCACCUCAGUUGCAUUCACUCAAUCUGGUGAUGUCAUGGUCAUUUCCACCGGUGCCAUGAUUUGUUUUACUGCUAGUGGCAAAUUUAUUGCGCAGAUCAACAACAAACACUUGAAAGUCCCAUUCUCACUGACUGUUGCAUGUGAUGGCCGCAUGGUAGUGUGCGACUCAGGUGACAGGUCCGUCAAGGUCCUUUCCCCUGAUGGGACAGAAUUAUUACAGUCCUUCAGUGCUCCAGACUGUGACGACUCUCCAUGGGAGGCUGUUUGUCACCAAGACAUGUUCUUCGUGUCUUAUCCCGAAGCUGGUUGCAUUAAAAAAUUUAACAAUGUCGGGGACUUUCUUUAUGAUAUUGGCGAUGAAAAAUCAGGUAAAAAACAAUUGAGUAAACCUCGUGGACUUGAUGUCGACGCCUUUGGCAAUUUGAUUGUUUGUGAUGCAGAAAACAAGACUUUGAACUUUUUCAAACUGGAGGGCAAGUUUUUAAAGAGGAUUCAGAACAACCUGCUCGACUGCCCUUGGUCUAUUGCUGUCAGCCCAAGCACUCUAUUGCCACAGCUUAUCAUAGCUGAUCCGGUCAAAAAAAGCGUCAUAGCCGUUUGGUAA